AUGAAUGAGAAACGAAACAGAUCUGAUGAGCCUAAUUUGGGUUUGUCUUUAAAAACUCCAAUUGAAUAUGAAUCAGUUAAGAGGAUUCCAACUCUGGAAGAAGCUAUGAAUUUGGAACUAAAAAAUGGUCAAGUAGACCCCAAUGUGAACUUGAAGAAGUUUAGAAGAACGAUAUCAAAUCGAUUGUCUGCCCAAAGGUCUAGGAUGAGGAGGACUGAGUACAUAGAUGAGUUGAAAAAAGAGGCCAAAGAUCUUGAGGAUACAAUAGCUUUUGUGGGACAAAAAAUAGAAAAUGAGAAAGACAACAAAAAGAAGUUGCAGCUGGAGAAUGAAAUGUUGCGAGUACAAUUGGAUAGCAUCACUAACAAAUCUAAUUUACUCACUGUGCAAACUGAAGAGCUGAAAGUUGAGUUGAAGAGGCUUAAGGAACCUGCAGAGGCUCAGGAAGAUGAGGAGCAUAUGGACAUGGACCAGUAUCUCAACUUUGACAACAUGAACUUUUCUCCACCCAAGAAUGACGACAUAUGA